UCGAGUCUGACCAGCCGGAAGAUACCCGGAAGUGCUGCCGUUAGCUAAGCUGACAUCAGCUGGCCAUAGUAGAAAGUACACCCGUCGGUUUGUUUUAGCAGAAAUACAUUUUUUGUUCUGUAUUCCGUGCAGCAGAAUGCCAGAAGUUCACACACCAAGGAUCCAAGCUGUUCAGACCAGUGCUGGCGCUGGACUGGAGGGCUUCAAGGCUCACGCUGUGUUUCAGGAGAUCAACAAGAAGCUUCAGGAGGAAGGGGAGCAGUUUGUGAAGAAGAUCGGAGGAGUUUUUGCCUUCAAAGUGAAAGACGGUCCAAAUGGACAGGAGGCCACUUGGAUUGUGGACGUGAAGAACGGCAAAGGCUGCGUUCACAACGACGCAGACAAGAAAGCAGAUUGCACCAUCUCUAUGUCAGAUACAGACUUGUUGGCCUUGAUGACCGGGAAGAUGAACCCACAGACGGCAUUUUUCCAGGGCAAGUUGAAGAUCUUGGGGAACAUGGGCCUGGCCAUGAAGCUCCAAAACCUCCAGCUGCAGCCGGGCAAAGCCAAGCUGUAGGGGAGAGGCCGGACCAAGGCAUCACUGAGCUGCUCGACCAUGGAGAAUUUAAGGGUUGGUUACAGAUAAAUGUUGGAUGUCUGGAAGAAAUGGUUGUGGAUGGACUGAGCCACUUUCUCUCUUGGGUGAUCUCACUGACCGAGCAGGGGAUUAGUCAAAGCCCCCCCUGUCUAACUGGGGAAUAGGAUGAUAGAUGGACAGAUAAUUAAUUUCCUAAUUGAGUUCCUGUCUGGACACACUGUCUUUUUAGUGUCAGUCUGCUAGCGUUCAGACAGUUGCUCCCUACUUUGGUACUAAUUGCAUUUCUGCCCAGAUUUCAUAACCUCCAAUAAUAAAAACUUACUUUGAGUGCACUGUAACCUGAACUGUUCUGAGAAGAGCUGAUCGAUAAUAUGUUGCACAAUCAUGAAUGCAGCUGCGUAAGUGCCUCCAUCAGUAUCUCAGAACAAGGUUUGUAGUUAGUUACCCAAACGGAGGAGGUUUGGACUGUGACUGCCUAGCAUUUUAUCCCCCUGGGUUGUAAUUUUCUCUAGUACCACCUGCGCAGUAUGGAUCUCUGUAAGAUUUCUUAAAAAUAAACUUGUUCUUGCUGAACAGUU